AUGGAGCGGCGGGUGGCGGCUGGCUGGCUGAAGGCUGAGGUGUGGGGAGGGCUGGUGUACCCCGCGGGGCCAGGAGGAGGGAGGGAGGGGGGUAUAGAUAGGACAGGUAAGGGUGGGGAGGUGGGGGGGUGGGGGGGCCGGCGGUCGGGGCUGGCGGUCGGGUGGGCGGUCGGGGCCGGCGGUCGGGAUCGACGGCCGGGUCGGCGCCGGGGACCGAAGGUCGGGGACGGCGGUCAGGUCGGGUCGGCGCCGAAGGUCAGCGACGGCGCCGGGGACCGAGAAUCAGUGCGAGAGGGAGGGAGAGAGAGUAGGGAGAGAGAGACAGAGAGAGAGAGCCAUUUAGGCGGCGCCGGAGGUCAGCGCCGGGGGCCGGAGGUAGCGCUCGGAGAUCGGCGCCGACGAUCGGCGACGACGACGACCCACCCCUAA